AUGUCAAUCCUCCCUGCAUUUGUAUGUUCGAAGCUAUAUGAUAGAAAGCUAUUGGUUGCUAUUGGCUUUGGACUCGUGUUGGUGGGAUCCAUACUCUCAUUAGUAAAGAACCUUCCUACCCUAUUUAUUGGUCGAAUCAUUUGUGGUCUUGGAGUAGGAUGUAUUCUACAGGUUCUUCCUGUCUAUAUUUUAGAAUCUACUCUAGCUAAGUGUGCAAACUCCUUAGCUACUAAAUUUAACUAUGGUUUUAAUUUGGGCGGAUUCAUUGUGGCAUCAACCAUAAACUAUUUAUUGGCAGAGACUGAGUCAGGGUGGAGGUGGUCUUUUGGUCUUUCAGGAGCUUUAGCUCUUGCAUCCUUGAGGCUAUAUGCUACUAUUCCUGAGAGUCCACAAUAUUUUAUUGAGAUGAAAGACAUUGAAAGAGCUAAAAAUUCUUUUGAAAGGACUAGAGGUAGUGUAAUAGAUGCUGAAUUUGACAAAUUCUUAGCAGAGGGUGAAGGAGUUUAUGAUUCCUUGUCUCAACCCUUUAGAUUUGAGUAUAUGCCAUAUCUAUUGAUUGCAUGUGUAAGAGAGGUUUUCAUGCAAAUGACGGGAAUAUUUGCCAUAAACUUCUUCGCCCUAGUAUUUUUAACAUCUGUUGGUGUGUUUGCCUCUACUUCUUAUAUUUCAUCCAUGGCAGUUGGGUAUACAAAUUUCAUUAUGGUAAUUUUGGGAGCUAAGUUAUUUGGUCGAUACAAAAGACGAGUAGUGAUGCGAUCUUCUGCAUCUAUGAUGGCCUUCAAAUUAUUUAUGAUAUUUGGUCUACUGCGAUUGAAUGACUAUAGUGUGGUGUACUUCGAAGUGGAUGUUGAUGUUGCCAUUUCUGUUUACAUGUUUUUCUAUGUGGGUGCAUAUGCAGUGAUUAGUGGACCCCUAGGAUGGCUUAGUGUUCCUUUACCUUGGAGAGCUAAGAAUAUGGGAUCUGUUUUGACAUUGACAAUUUCCAUGUUACUCAUGAGCUUAAUGGCCUACAUGUCAGUGCCUGUUGGAUGUGCCUAUAAGGAAUAUAUUGUUCUUCUUUUUGCCAUACUUGCUCUAGUGAUGGAAGCAUUCAUUAACAUUUUGGUUCCAGAAACAAGAAACAUAAGUGAAGAAGAAAUGGGGAACACACCGAUUUUGGAAGAAGUGCAUAUGAUGAAGCCUGAAGCCUGA